UGUCUCGUCAACAGUGCAGGCUACGUGUGGAUCAAGUCUCCGUCUGACCACUAUCUAGUGGAGGCCAUGCCCCUUCUCACCACAGAUCAUUCUAAACAGAGAGGCGAACAAAUCUGUUUCCAUCGGUGUUUUGAUAUCCUCCCUGAUGUCACCUGUCGCUCCCCAGAGGAAAGCUACAUUAUUCUACAGGGAAGGAAGCCAGUUGAUUAUGCAGAUAGUGAUCUACUGUUUGAUAAACAAGAAUUUGAGAGCCCUGUAUUCCAGCGACCCUAUCAGUACCUACGGCGCCUGGACGAAAGGAGAGGCCUGGCUGAUGUCAGUCCUUAUGAGCCAGAAGGAGACCAGAUUAACUGUCUCCAGACAUUUUUAAGACACUGUGGCGUGCGUGACCCUUCGUGGGCAGAGCUGAAACACUUUGUAUGUUUCCUAAACUCACAACUACAGGACUUUGAGGUUUCUGCCUUCUGUGGUGCAGCGGCCAAGGAAGACUUGCCAGGAUUUGACAAAUUUGUGUUGAAAUUCCUCAUCCAAAUGUCAAGGGAUUUUGCAACAAGGUCACUAGUGAUGAGUGAAGAAUCCCCUAUCCAGAGGAUGCAGAGAAUGGCCCUUGUAGAUGAGGAGACAGGAGGAGCUGGAGAGGAGAACAUCAUCAAACAGUUCCAGAUGAGGAGGACAUGGGAGAGCAGCCCCCAUCCCUAUUUGUUCUUUAACCCUGAUCAUCACUCAAUGACAUUUGUGGGGUUCAAGAUCCAGAGAACAACAGGUGACAUGCUGGACCAACAAACUGGGGCCGUUCUGGAGCGGCACAUAAUGCAAAGGGAACUCCAGGACAGUCUCAUCAGAAACAAAGUUAACAUUGAUGAGAACUUUGAUGGUCUGCAAAGACAUGAGAAGAUUUUGAAACUAUGCAGUGUGAUGGGAAUGGAGAUGCCUCAUGAUCCAGAUGAUACAUAUGAACUGACCACAGACAACGUGAAGAAAAUCAUGGCCAUCUACAUGAGGUUCAAAUGUGAUAUCCCUGUCAUCAUCAUGGGGGAGACUGGAUGUGGUAAAACUCGUCUAGUCAAGUUUAUGUGUGAGCUUCAGUGUCCCCCGGGGGUGGACCUCAAAAACAUGAUCCUCAUGAAGGUCCAUGGAGGAACAAAAACCAAGGAUAUCAUAAAGAAAGUGGAGGAAGCAGAAAACAUCGCCAGAGAAAAUGCAGACACAUAUGGACAACACAUCCAAACUGUUCUGUUCUUUGAUGAAGCUAACACCACAGAAGCCAUUGGUCUGAUCAAGGAGAUCAUGUGUGACCGUACCAUCGGGGGCAAUCAACUGAAACUGUGUCGCAGUCUGAAGAUCAUUGCAGCCUGCAACCCGUACAGAAAGCACUCUGAUGAGCUGAUAAAACGCCUAGAGCAGGCAGGUCUGGGAUACCAUGUUGAUGCUGAAAAAACAACAGACACAUUAGGCCGUGUACCACUGCGGCGCCUUGUUUACCGUGUCCAGCCCCUACCCCAGAGUCUACUGCCCCUGGUCUGGGACUUUGGACAGCUGGACACACGGAUAGAGGAACUCUACAUCAGGCAGAUGGUGCUACGAUAUAUCCGUGCUGACAAGCUUCCUCGCAUUGACAACCUGGAAAAUGUUGUCAGCGUAAUACUGACAGCUUCACAAGAAUUCAUGAGGAAGCAGAAGGAUGAGUGUAGCUUUGUAAGCUUACGAGACGUGGAGAGGGUACUUGAAGUGAUGAGCUGGUUUUACAACCAGAGUCAGGGAGACUCUGCCCUGUUUGACUUGUUAAAUGAGAGCUCAGAAGAAAAUUCAGAUGAAGAUGAGAUGGAAGAUGAUGAACAAAACCAAUCGCAGGAUAUCAGUGACAUAGCAAGGUCAUUGCUGUUGGCUUUAGGAGUAUGUUACCAUGCCUGUCUGAAAAAAAGGGAGGAAUACAGGAAGGCUGUUGCACCCCUCUUUACUCCUCCAUGCCAAAUACCAGGUGCCGACCCGGCUCAGCAAAUGUUGGAAGAAAUAGAAAGAUGUCAAGAUGCAUUUUUAACAAAUGUAGAGCUUGGAAAGAAUAUAGCACACAAUCAAGCACUGAAGGAAAACGUGUUCAUGAUGGUGACUUGUAUAGAACUGAGGAUACCAUUGUUCCUGGUCGGCAAACCGGGGAGUUCUAAAUCACUGGCGAAAACUGUCGUGGGUAAUGCCAUGCAAGGACAUGCAGCGCACACAGACCUCUUCCGUGGCUACAAGGAGGUCCAAAUGAUGUCAUAUCAGUGCAGUCCGCUGUCUACCCCCGAUGGUAUUUCUGGAAUGUUCCGACAGUGUGCCCAGUUCCAGAGAGAUAAGGACCUGAGCAGGUUUGUGUCCGUUGUUGUCCUGGACGAGGUCGGCCUAGCAGAGGACUCACCACGUAUGCCCCUCAAGACGUUACAUCCACUCCUGGAGGACGGCUGUGAAGGGGAUGAGAAACCAGAGCCUUUUAAGAAGGUAGCAUUCAUUGGUAUCUCCAACUGGGCCCUGGAUCCAGCCAAGAUGAACAGAGGAAUUUUAGUUCAGAGGGAAGUUCCUGAACUGGAGGAGCUCACCCUCAGUGCUAAAGGAAUUUGCCAAACUAACAGAAAUGUUUACAAACUGAUCAAGCCACUUAUUCCUCAAAUGGCCAAAGCCUAUUUAGAGCUCUUUGAAAGUGCCUUGAAAAUGAGGGAGUUUUUUGGACUGAGAGACUUUUACAGUUUGUUGAAAAUGGUGUACGCCUUUGCUGACCAGAAGAAGAGAAGACCAACAUGGCACCAGAUGCAGCAUGCCAUCAUGCGUAACUUUGGAGGAAUGGAUGAUAUCGACCCUGUUAGUGUGUUUCAGCAGGUUCUAACUGUCAACAUCACAGAAAAGAGAAAUAAUUCUGACCCUGACUGUUCACCAGCUGGUCUGAUCCAGGCCUGUCUUACAGGUGACACAAUAGACAGUGAAAGUCGAUACCUGCUGCUGUUGACUGAAAACUAUGGAGCUCUGACAAUUCUACAGCAGGAAAUCUUAAAGAAACAGAAAGCCAUUACCAUAUUUGGUAGCAGCUUCCCUAGUGACCAGGAAUAUACACAGGUGUGUAGGAACAUCAAUCGCAUCAAGGUGUGUAUGGAGACAGGCAACACGGUGGUCCUACUUAACCUGGAAAACCUUUACGAGAGUCUGUACGACGCUCUCAACCAGUAUUACGUGGAGUUUGGGGGUGAGCGAUAUGUGGACUUGGGACUGGGGACACACAGAGUAAAGUGCAGGGUCCAUAAAGACUUCAGACUGAUAGUGGUUGCUGAGAAACAAGUUGUGUAUGACAAGUUCCCCAUCCCUCUCAUCAACCGACUGGAGAAGCAUUUCCUAAACGUGUCCACCAUGUUGACAGAGCAGCAGCUGGAAUUAGCAGAGAGGCUAGAAAAAUGGGCCAAAGACUUUGUCAGCUGUCAGGGAAUCAUAACAAGUUACUUCCAUAGAAUGAAGAAAGAGGAGUUUUCUGUAGGAGAUGUGUUUAUGGGUUACCAUGCCGAUAGCUGUGCUGCCAUUGUGCUUCAUGUGUACCAACAACACUACAGGGAGGGACAAGUCAACAAUGAACAGGUGUAUGACUCGGCCAAGAGAGUGUUGCUGUGGUGUGCUACACCAGAUGCGGUGAUGAGACUGCCUACAACACCCAUAGCUCGAGAAGAAGCUAGCUUGAGUGAGAUUUACUGGCAGGAACAGCAGCACCAGUGUCUGUCCGAUUACCUCUACCAGAAAAUCAGGCAGGAGAAAAGUGACAGCCAUUUUGCUCAGGUUACGACCCACUCUAAGCUGAUCACCAGUGUGGACCUAGAAGAACUGUCAUGCAAGCUGGGGAUCCCAGUAGACAACAUGGUAUUACUGAACCUACAGUCAUUUGAUACUGAGCAGCAGUUCUGUAGACAGGUCAGGGUGUGUUUUGGAAGAGAGGAAGAUGAGAUGUUAUUGAUAGUCCAGAGCGACUGUGGAGAUCAAAAUGCCAGUCUCGUGGCCUGUGCCAGGUACUGUAUUCAGGAUGAACUACAGCAGCUGGGUUAUCAGAUCAAGGCGAACAUACAUGCCAUCUUUAUUAUACAGUUGCCAAGGAUAGCAGGGGGCUGUUUUAGUGGAUUUCAGUGUGGGCAUUGGCAUUCCCUCCACAUUGAUGACAUUCGACCCGAGGGUGAUACGUUGAGGAUGUCAGAAAUGCAAGGAAAGUCUCUGGGAAUGUUGGUACAUCAUGCUGUCGGGAAGGAAACUGGGCAAUCUACUGAAAUUUCCAUGGAAACAGAUACCCCAGUAGAGCAAGAUGGCCGACAAACAGAUAUGGAUGUGGAUGAAGAAGACAUCCGCCUGGACUUCAACAAUAUGAGUGGAUUCCCAUCUAACCCAGCUCACUCUCAUAAACUUCCUGUAGAAAACCUGGUACUGAGCUGUAUCCAGGCUGCCUUAGCAAUGGUCAAGGACACAAAGAUGGACACAGCGAGGUCAACAGAAAGGGUCAGACAGCUUCUGGAUCUACUACACUAUGGCCAAACUAAUCUGGUGUCCAACAACCUUGUGAAGGGCAUAUGCAAACAUCUGGCUGUCUUACUGACUGAGAAAGAGAAAGCUCUUGUCAACCCUGGGAACUGGAUAGCAACAGAGGCAGCCAAAGCUGAGGUCAUCAACACAGCAGGAACAUUCAGACGAGCAUGGACCCAGUGUAUGGAGACCAAGGUGACCCCAAUACUGACAGGGAUCAUUGCCUUUAUGGAUACAAACAGGAACCUGGAUAGUCUGUACCGGGCCACAGAUGGGGACUGGGUCCAGCAACUGUGGCUGGGUGUUAUCAAUUGUACCAAGGCUACAGGCCUACAGUACUCCCAGCUGGUGUCACCUGGGCUUGCCCAGCAGGAACUUCCUGAGGUGGUGGUCCGACACACCGGGACAGAUGGUCACCUGUUUACUGCCGAGAUGCCUUUCUCUUGGCUCUACUUCAGGCUUAUUGAGAACUUGUUGAACACUACAAUGAAUAAUACACCUGAAGCAGACUCUCUUAAGUUGGUGAACACAGUAAGAAAUAUUCUGGCACAUCACCGAAUAGGCGUCCUGCUUGAACCCAUCAUUGACAGGGACAGACGAAGUGUCCUAAAGGCGUACAUCAAUGACUUCGUCUACAUGAUCUACCAGGUGUCGUCUCGACAGGAACACCAUCUUGUGUGUGAAAAUGUUCACAUUGGUUCUGCUACCAUCCUCCAACACCAGGCUGGUGAUGGGGUAGCCAUGUUGGUAGCCAUCCACUUGGCAUAUCGCCAGAAUAUCAGCAGGCUCCGCAACUUCUCCAGCCUCAACCGAGUGUGGCCAGAGUGUAGUGAGACCAUUAUAGAUUUUCAGGAAAGCAGCCCUAACUUCUUCCUCUGCUCUGGUGAAGAAAUGACCCUAGAUGUAAUGGGCUUACGUCUACUACUUGAGAAAUUGGAGCCUGAGAAAGAGACACUGAACAAAGUAGCAAGUCGUGCGGAGUGGUUACAGAGAGUACGACACUACCGGCCAGUCGUGGAGAGAUUGCUCGAUAUGGUUCGUCCUGGAGAUGACCCAGAGAUGGCUCAGUGUGGUCCCCGCUGUGUCAAGGGCAUUCAGGAAGCAAGACUGACAUGGACUAGUGUACUGGUGGUGAAGCUGUUUAUAGAACACGUGUAUUCUAUACAGGGAGCUGAUGACAAAUUCACCAUCAACAGAUGCAUGCCUUUGUGGACAAUGAUGAAAACUGGUGCUGAUAUGAAAUCUUUAGAAUCCUUGAAGAAGGUUGAAAAAUUCUUGAAGAUGUGCAACAAAUUGGCAGUCUCACAUUACUUCAAUAUCAGCAAAGAUGACAAGUGUGAAAACUGUGAGAAUGAACUUGAAGGACCACCUGUCUACUUGCCUUGUAAAGACAAAGUCUGUUCACGCUGUUACCAAGACAUUAUGAUCAUCAAGGAGUUAACUUGUCCAGUUUGUCAUCAGGAAAUUCCUGGUGACUUAAGACCGAAUGAAGAUACUCAUAAAUCGGAGAAAAGUAGAAAGUACUAUGACUACAAGAAGAGGAUCAACAGUUUCUUCAUGGAGGUCGUAUCCCAACUGUGUUUUGCUGACGACACACCUCCAUCUGAUGACGUAGUGCAGAAACUUCUCGGUUACAUCACAAGGUCAACUGACAAGGGCAAGGUCGUCACCAAGAAGAUAUCCAUAUUUGAUGACAGCAUUGACCCAACCCCUGUCCUCCGAUCAUUUCUGCUGCAGCUUCUCCUCAGGACUAGUGGCGACCAAGUAUCAAUCUAUCUGGGAACCUAUCUGCAACAGGCAGAACAAGUUAUGGACACUACAGGACAGGAUCAGCUCAUUGAACUGUGUCUUCUUACCCUACAGUGUGUUGAGGAUGUUUACCACCAAGACGUUUCCAAAAGUGACACACCAGAAAAGAAGGAAGUACGCUUGGCUACAGAUUUUUUGAGAAAUUCUCAAAACAGCAUUCAUGUAGAAGAGUUUAGUGUUGUGAAAUUGUACACCCUAGCAGAGACUCGGUUUGCUCUGUGCGUGGUAGCUAAGUAUGUACAGAAAAUAUAUGUGGACAAAUCUGUUAGGAUGACAAAAGGUGUGCGACAGAUGAUUGAUGCUGCAGCCAAACUUUGUGAAGAAUGUGGCUCGGAAUGGCCUUGUAUAUUCUUUAUCAAGCAGCUGUGUCGUUGCUAUGGACUCGACAGUUACCAGUCGGUGUGUAAAUCUGGAGACGCUAAUAUGUGUCGAUGGCUUCAGAUGCUGGAUCUUGACAGGGAUGAGGUGCUUGAGUGCUCUGACCUGUACGUGGUAUGUGGGGAACAGUACAUCACCUGUCGUGAGAUGAUCACUAAAUGUUUACUUGGCCAGGAUCCUGACAACCUUAUACAACAGCUUGAGGCUUUGAGAAAUUUGGAUUGGAAGAAGAGAGUGACUUUAUUGCUGGCAGUCUACCGAGAAGUCACUAUGUCUUUUGUCUACCCAGAGGACCGGAGGAAAACACAACCAGAGAUGUAUGAACAACUUCUUGAUGCCUUGUCCAGCCAUCAUCUGUUCAAUGCACAGGGAAACCUCCUUACAGCAUUGUUCCAAAACACAAUCUGGCGUCGAAUCAACCACUUGAACAUCCACCCAGGAAUGGAGCUGCGCAACCAGAGCAUUGUGUGUCUGCUUGCCCACGCAGGGAUCACCUUCCUACAGGUUCCAGAAGACAACACUCUGUUACAGCCUCUUAUAACACUGGCCCUCCUACCACAGAACAUGGCGAGGUGCUUUUUACCCACAAUGCCACAGGAUGACAUGUCAGAGGUCAAGGAAGCUCUGUUAGCAGCCAGGGAUCUUCAUGGCAAUGAAAAUCCUGUUGUUUAUCGUUGUCCAAAUGGUCAUCCCUAUAUCAUAGGAAAUUGUGGAAGGCCAGCAGUACUGGGGAAGUGUAAGGACUGUGGAGCAGAUAUUGGGGGACAAGGCUAUGUCCUCAGCAACGGAAACGUACAGGACGAUGGGACUGACAAGACCAAACCUGGCCAUAUUCUUGGUCGGGCUGACCAGAGAACAGAUGUUGUUGUGGCUGAAAGAAAGAUGUCCCGGGUCACCUGCGUCAUACUGAGGCUCCUUACCCAUGUAGCAAUGCUGUUGGGCACCAACGAAAAUCCUCAAGUGAUCUGUAGUAUGAUCAAACCAGACAUUCCAGAUAACAAAAUAGUGGAAUUCCUGCUAAACCACAUCGAACUGGACAUCGCCAGUCUACAACGAGUGACUGGGCGGAGUGUGGAUGAUGUUCUACUGCUGAUACACAAGGUCCUGUCUAGUGUCACAGAGACCUACAACAAUGGAGGGGCACAGAGUGCAGACUUAUGUAGCCUGGUCACCAAGAAAGCUAGAAACCAGUGGGAGGAGAUGUUCAGCAAACAUUGUCUGUCACCACUGUUACAGGAUAUGGAGAAAACAAUAAAAUCAUGCAACAAGCAACUUACUCAAGACCAGAGACUGGGAUCAGAUCCCCUGCUUUGCCUCCUGUUUGAGAUAGACACGCCCCAGCACCAAGUUUCCGCUGUGGCUCUACAGGAAGUGGCGUCAGUGUGGAGGUUUCGGUCACGAAUCUCAAUGGAUCACCUCACCACUGUCUUCCAGACAAAGAUGGGCAGGGAGCAUCAAAUCCUCAAGCUAUUUCUGGACGAGGAUUGCCAUCUUCGAGCCCUACGUCAUGUCCCCAGCAUUUUGCGCCUCCAGAGAAUGUUGAUUCACAAAUACCAGAGGAAGCUGGACAGGGCUGAGGCCACAGCCUUUACUGUGGAAAGUGCUCAAAACGACUUUAUAGAAGAUGGCAAAGAAGACGAGGUGAAACAGCUGAUACAAGAUUUUGCAGAGGCCUGGAAUUGUGUCCGACAGGCUCUGGAAACUUUCCCUUGUCCAACAACUGCUGGCAUCGCUGUAGUGUCCAAGGAGUUCUGCUCUAAACAGAUUACCGACAGUACACCAAUCUCUAUGUUACUACCAACAAAGAAGGAUGCUGGUCUCUGUUCCUAUGUACUGGUAUACUUCCUCUUAAGGAAACAGAAGAGUUUCCUGGAGAAAUACUGCAAGGCUAAAAGACAGAAAGUGACUGACUUGCCAAAGGUCAGAAUUCAAGACUUGAGUCCUGCCCACCUGAUCAGCUACCAUCCAGACCGAGACAUUCUCCCAAUCGUCCUCGCCAACUGUAACUACUCGUUUGAGGUUGGUAAGGGUACCAAGAUUGAGUACGACUUUGGAAACAUCGAGAGACAACUGGGAGACCGAUUCUUGUUUGCAAAAUCAUACAUUGAUAUAGACGAGAUUGAGGUGAUGACCUACAGGUCCGAUGUUACCAAUGCUGUCGUCUUCAAAAAUUUGCGGGAGAAAAUACCACAGAUACAGCUGGGGUCUGCGGUGCGACACCAGAUCUGCCAGGAGUUACGGAAUCUGCCUGACAUCUGUGACUGUCUGGACAAGCUAGACAUCACUAUCAGUUUCCUAAAGUCUGUUGGGGAGGACCCAAUCCUCUCUCUCGACACCUUCAUGUCUCAGACCCUCAAACUGACACACCCACUUGUCAGUCCCAAGUCCAGGGCAGUUUGUCAGUGUCAACAUGUACAAUGUCUGUGGCUGACUCUGGCUCAAGAAAAGACAAAGUGUCUAGCAAAGCAUAGGAAGGAUGUGUUUGACAGCCUUGGUGAUGAGUUCAGAAAGGAGCUGUCGGAACAACAGCGUGAUUAUCUCCAAUAUUUUUGUGACGGUCUGCAGACAGACAAGUUGGACUAUCUCAUGGAACUUCUGUUUGAGUGUAUCAUGUUGAUGAUCGCCAUUCCACAAAAUCAGGAUGAUGAGGACUACAUUGACAUACUUGGUCAAAGCCUUCAACAAAAUCUGGAGGGUUACUUAUACAGCCCCAUGUAUGAUGAGGAUCCUCAACUCCCUGACUGGAUGAUGGAGACCGUUGCCAGACUGGACGGGGAAAAUGGGGAGAAACUACUGGUGUCACAGUGUGUCAGUGUGUGGCUCUUGUUGUUCCACGCCCACAGCAGGAAGGAGAGGGAGAGAAUUUACUAGGUGGAGGAGAAACUACUUGUGUCACAGUGUGUCAUUGUGUGGCUCUUGUUGUUCCACACCCACAGCAGGAAGGAGAGGGAGAGAAAUUUACUAGGCUUUGUGUGGCUCAUCAUAUUCCAAACUACAGCAGGAAGGGGAGAAAGAGGUAUUAUGUCUCAAAGAACUUAUACCCAUUUUAUACCGUAACAAGAGACGCAUCCUUCAAGAUGAUACUAUUUACACCUCUGGUACAUUAUACUUAAUGAGAUUUCACGAAGCAGUAUGUGAAUUUUGAACACAAAAAUAGGGAGGGAAUGUGUUUAUAGGUAUCAAUAACUUGUAGUUGUAGCAAGUCCAGCUAUAUUAAUGAAUAUAAUGUAGGGUGUAAAUAUCCAGUUCUUGUAUCAUCGUUUAUCACAACUGGCACACCUUUACCAUAGCCAGUCACAGGCAGACCUUGGUUAAUGAGAAUGACAUCCUAUCUGUCUGCCGUCAUUUUGUUGUUAUGCGACUUUGUAAAUAGCUGUGAUUUGAUUUGUUUUUUGAAAUCCAAAACUGGGUAAAUAUAUUUUGUUAAGUUUUAUAUCUGUUAUAGUAUAUUCCAGAGCAAUUGUUACUGCCUCUUUGCUCAUAAUUGAACCUGUUUCUACACGGACUCUGGAACAGACAUGUAGUCUGGUACAAUCAGUAACGAUGUAUACGAUGAUAUGAGUAUACAAUGCACAUGUUACGCUAUAUUUAGUCAGUUAAUCGUAUACAAUGAUAUGUGUGUACAAUACAUGUUACGCUAUAUUUAGUCAGUUAAUCAUAUACAAUUAUAUGUGUGUACAAUACAUGUUACGCUAUAGUUAGUCAGUUAAUCGUAUACAAUGAUCUUUGUGUAAAAUACAUGUUACACUAUAGUUAAUCGUAUACAA